CGAAACGUUUCCUCAAAAUAGCAUGGUGGUCAGAAUCAAAUUGACGACCAGAUGAAGCUGUCGAGCCUGGCGAGUCGGUGUCGAUCGUGGUCCGAGCUCAAGGCGCACGUCGUGUUCGAGGUCAAGGUUCUUCUCUUGGAGUGGAAAGCCUUGCUCUUUGGCUUAGCGUGGCAAUACAUCCACAACAUCUUCCACAACACGGCAUACUGGAUGCAAUCCAAGUUAUCUCUUGCACAGCGCAUGCCUCUCUAUGAUCUCGGGUUUGAGCUCCUACCUGAACUCACGGAAUCGGAAGCCCAUGUGUCCGAGUAUUUGGUGUUUGGAGGGAUUUUCGGGCCCAGCAUUCUCCUGUUUGUGAGCGUGUUGGUGAUCAAACCGUCAUCGCCGUCGGCGCCGCCUCGCUUCUUCUCCCUCAUUGCCAAGCGCGUGUUGCUUCAAACGGCGCUGUGCUUGAUGCUGCGGUGCAUUUCGUUCAUGGUCACUUCGCUUCCUGGUCCCGCGGCGCAUUGCCGUCCAACGUUCAACCAAACGUGCAUCGACGCGUUUCCGAAUGACCCGUCCGCAUCGUUUCGAUGUGUCGUGCCCAACCCAGACUUUCAGCCCCCCAUGACCGCCGGUACCAUUUUCGGCCAUGUCGACGCCCUCAACGGGUGCGGCGACCUCAUGUUUAGCUCCCACACUACGUACACGUUGUCGAUGAUCCUGGCUGUGUGGAAAUACUGGCGCAGUGUCCCGCUCCUCGUCUUGAUGCUCGUACUUCAGAUCAUCACGGCCUUCUUUAUCGUGGCUGCGCGCAAGCACUAUUCGCUUGAUGUGAUUGCUGCCUUGUACGUGGUCCCGAUGGUCUGGUUUCUGCUGGAGGCGUACCACAAGGACCUGAACCAUGCCGACGCCGUGGUCUCCCGCGAGUCGAUUCAAAACGCAUACGGGUUAGACAUUCCCCACGAGUCGUCUCGACUGGAAUCGAACCAGGCAACCCUUGUCCAGUGCGAAAUGACCGCGUUCCACGAAGCCCAGACUCCCAUCGUCGUGCAGUCCUGAGCGAUCCCAUCGCCGAGUAUUCGCCUUACCCAUUAAUCCAUUCAUGUCUUUCAACCGUCCUCAGCGAAUGCGCCG